AUGGCAAAAGGGAUUACAAACGGCUAUAGAAAAGUUCCGGCGUCUUCAAACACGUACCUGGACAGCCAUAAACACAAGAAAGCAUUAAUAAACGAUAUACCGUCAGAAUAUGAUGAUGCGUGGUCAGCGGGGAAUAAUAAGAAAAAUAAAGCGCAAACACGGGCAGUAGGAGGUGGUGGUGAGAAGGUUGGUGGCAUAGGACUUCGUCAAUUUAGUAUCCAAGUGUGCAAAAAAGUUGAAAGCAAAGGUAGAACUACAUAUAAUGAAGUUACGGAUGAGCUUGUGGCUGAACUUUCAACAACAACACCUUCUUAUAUGAAACCAAAUUAUAACGAGAAAAAUAUUCGACGGAGAGUUUAUGAUUCCCUGAAUGUUCUUAUUGCAGCGGAUAUCAUAUCUAAGGAUGAAAACAAAGAGAUACAAUGGAGAGGCAUGCUUCAUGUUGAUGGCCUAAAUGUUGUUGAACAACUUAAGUCUCAAUACAUUGGCUUAAGAAACAAAAUUGCAAACAAGGUUGCGUAUCUACAAGAACUUGAGGAUCAAUUUGUAGGCCUGCAGAAUAUCGCUCAGCAGAAUGAGCAACUAUGUUGUUCAGGGAGGAAAGCUGAAACUUCAGGGGGUGUGCCGUUGCCUUUUAUUAUAAUCCAGAUGCCUCCACCUGCAAUAAUUGAGUUAGAAAUGUCAGAGGAUAUGCAGUUGUUGCAGUUCGAUUUCAAUAACAUUUUUCAGAUACAUGACAACAUCUUUGUUCUUAAGUCUAUGGGAUUUUGUGAAGGUUGUCUGAGUCGUCCGAAGAAAAACGACUUGUCAAAGGAGUUUAACCCAACAAUUUGCAGGAGUGUCCACUAA